ACGACUUAGUCUAUAGUCUCCCUUCCAAGGCUCGUUGCUAUGGGAAAACAGUAGCGAUAUUAAUGGUCAAGGGUCUGCAACAGAUUCGACGUAGAAGACUGACGGGAGUCUCCAACUCUCACUGUUGGGUUGGAUCCAUCUACUUCUGGCGCCUCCUUAGCGACUUGCCCCGGCCAAAGCCCGCCCACUGCACGCGCUGAGCCUCCACUUCCGCUCUCGCUUCCCACGGAGCAAGAUGGCUGAGGAGCCGGAGUCCCUUCUGCCUCUGGCUCCUUCAACUGCAGGUGAUGGAGAAGGACCUACGGAGAGCUCCCCAGGAACAGCCACUCCGGAGCCCCCUUCUUCCGCCUCAGUCUCCCCGGGAACAGAGGAACCUGCCGGCGACACCAAGAAAAAAAUUGACAUCCUGCUAAAGGCUGUGGGAGACACCCCUAUAAUGAAAACAAAGAAGUGGGCUGUAGAGCGAACCCGAACCAUCCAAGGACUCAUUGACUUCAUCAAAAAGUUCCUUAAACUUUUGGCUUCAGAACAGUUGUUUAUUUAUGUGAAUCAGUCCUUUGCCCCUUCCCCUGACCAGGAAGUUGGAACUCUCUAUGAGUGUUUUGGCAGUGAUGGUAAACUGGUCCUGCAUUACUGCAAAUCUCAGGCAUGGGGAUGAACUACAGAGAAAAAGAUCUUGCUAACUUAAAAAUAAAUCUUCACAAAGGAAACAGCUCUGAAAAGUUUUGAAACUUAUGGCAAGAGACUUGUGGAUAUGAUCUACUCAGCGUGUUAUCUACUAUGACCCAUGUUUAUGCAUUUUAAAAAAUCUAUAGAGAGAUGGACUCAAAAAAAUCGAUUUGCAUUAAUACAGAAAUCAUCAUGAAAGAUUGACAUUACAGCAUAUCUAUUACUACAACUUGCUCCAGAUAGAGACUAAAACUGUACAAAGCUUUAUUACCAGUUCUCUAAAUGACUGAAAUUGUUUACUUGUAGAAUUAGCACUCUGCUGAUUUUUUUCCCACUGUAAAAGUCAGUGUAGUUUACUAAAGGAUUCUUUGUGCUUAUUUCCGGGAAGUUCAGUUUGUUUGAGUUAAUGGGAUAUGCCUUUUCUCAUUUUCAUUGAUAUCUACUAUGGUAUGUUAUGAAACAAAGUUUCAUUGACCUGCUCUCUUUAUACCUUAAUAUCGUCCAGUAGAGGGCAGCCCAGCUGGCAGAAAGAAGGAGUUUGGUUUUACAUCUUGGCCAGAUGAUAAUGGAGGAAAAACGCUGUUCCUGCUCAUUUCUAGCAAACAUCUAGCCAAGAGAGCAUGUGUGUUGAUACACUGGAAGACUGCUUUAGAAUAUGCAUAGUUUAGUUUUAAUUAUUUUAUUAGGAAGCAAAAGGAAUUUUACAAAUUUUGGACAAAUGAGUCAUACAGCUCUUUUCAGUCCUGUCAUUUGAUGAUUCUUGAGUCCCGGUGGUUACAGUUGUGUUAACUCUGUCUCUUAUUUUUACAAAGUCAAAAGCCCUUGAGUAAACAUAGCAGCAUUUUUCAGUUCUUUGUAAUGCAUUUUUCAACUUCAAAAUGCUCACAGAAUAAUUGAAAAAAAUAACCAUAGAUUUUAUAUGUAUUUCAUGCCAUGAUUAAAAGUACGUUUUUACUAAUGCUAAUAUACUGGUAAUUGCUUGAAAUGAAAUUUAACUUUUUUCUUCAUUCUGUAUUAUAUUUGUAAUGUAGCAUUUAAAAGAAAGCAUUCCAAUAAAUUGAAUGGAAUGUCCAAACAGGAUCUAAGGUGUGUACAAGAAUUCUAUGUUUUUUUCCAAAGGUAAUGGGAAUGGUAUGACUUUGUCAAAGGACUUUGAACUAUACUUAUGUCCCUUAAAUCCCAGAAUGUACUAUGUGGUUAAUGAUCUGCCAUACAUUAGCACAGGGGGAUGCAAAGGAACAAUUCAGUUUACGGUAAUGAAAUCUCUGUUCAGUUCUCAUUUUCUGUCCAAGAAUGAACUCUUAAGUCCUCUUAUAUCAGUGUUCCUAUGAAUAAAUUAAUACAGCUAGUAGUUAGCACUGGAAUAAUACAGAUUGAAAUUGUGCAAAUUUAUCUUGUAAACUAGCUAAGAAAUUUGUAUAUAUGUUGAAAGCUGGGAAGUGUAUUUUCAAGUCAAAUAGGUUGGAUAUGGAAAAGAUCUGUUCUCUAGCUUUGUCCAUUUGUAGUUUACUGAAGGAUGUGAAUAUAUUUAUUUGUAUGUAUAUUUAACAAAUAGCAAAAAUGUGUUUAAGUUAUAUUUGCUGUUAAGGUUUCAGGUGAUAGAAUAUUUACUACCUCAAUGAGUUCAAAUCUGUGACAUCAAUUGUUCUAUUUUGAGCUAAAGAACUUAUUAGUUUAUUAAACCUAAGGUUAGCUAAAUAUGUAUACCUUACUUGUUUUUUCCCCCUAAUAACUUUGAAGAAUAUAUAGGGCUUUAUACUUUUUCAGACCAUAUUUACACUAUUAUUUCUUAAUCCUUACCCAAAG